AAAAAAAUAGAGAUCCAACUUGGAGAAGAGCAAUUUUGCGGAUAAAAAAAAGAGUCUCAAGUCUUCUCUUUGUCUCUCUCUUUCUUUCUGGCGUAGAAGACUAAUAACUGAAGCAGAUCUAUUAAGAAGACGAAGGGAGAAAAAUGUAUGAGCAGCAGCAGCAGCAACGGCAUUUCGUGGAUUUGCAAAGCGAUUCUGGUGGAUUUGGGGAUGAUAGCUCGUGGCUCGCCGGCGAUGACGAUCUCCGUCUCCCUCCUCACCAAUCCGCCGCCGCUACGAACUCCGGCAACGGGAAUCUAGAUCAGCGUCUUUUGAAAGAUCUCGUUGAGAUGGUUCCCCUCAUCGAGCAAUUCAUGGAACAGAAAGAAAAGAGUUCGUUUAAGAGGAGAGGUUCCAUGGUCUACACGAAGAUGCCUUCCAAAGAAUCCUUGUCCAGAAGAGGAAGAAAUGCUUCUCAAACAGUCCCAGGAAGAAAGAAGAGAGACGUAGAGGGAAAUAGCGAUGUUGUGAACGAUACUAAGGAAGCUGGUGAAAACGCAAAGGCUUUGGGUGGUGCAGAAAAGGACGAACUUACACGACUUAGAGAGCAAGUGAAUGAUUUGCAGACAAAACUCUUAGAGAAAGAAGAGGUUUUAAAGUCAGUGGAAAUGUCAAAGAGAAAUCAGGUAAACGAGAUACAAGAGAAGCUUGAAGAAACAAGACGGUUGGUUGCUGAAAAGGAUACGUUGAUCAAGUCUAUGCAGUUACAGUUAUCAGACACAAAGAUCAAACUUGCAGACAGGCAAGCCGCUCUUGAGAAGACUCAAUGGGAAGCAAAGACAACAGGAACGAGAGCAGUCAAGCUUCAAGAACAGCUAGAUGCUGUUGAAGUAGAAAUCUCUUCCUUCGCACGUGUAUUUGAAACUUUGGCCAAACCAGAGUCCAAGAAACUCGACAGGGAUUAUGACGAAACCCCAUACCAGUUUGAUCAUCUUCCAUAUCUAGAUGAUGUAGAUGAAACCGAACUGAGGAAAAUGGAAGAUGCAAGAUUAGCAUAUGUUGCAGCUGUGACAACUGCAAAGGAAAGAGAAGAUGAGGAAUCUCUAGUCAUGGCUGCUAAAGCUCGAGCCUACUUGCAAUCACUAGCUUUUAAAUACUAAUCAUCUUCAUGUGUUUUCUUUAUAGGGUUUUCUGUCGUUGGUUUGUUUAGGUGUAUGUAGAUUUGUACCAUGAAAAAAUUGGAGAAAAAGACAUAAAAGUAAUGGUUUCUACUCAAUCACGAAUGCAUUUCGAGUUUUUGUUACUCAUUUGAGCCUGUAUCUAUAUGGUUUCUUUUUGUUAAAUGAUCAACAAAUUGUAUUAUGUAUAUUUGGAAGACAAU